AUGAUUCUCUGUAUCGAAGAAGCCCACAAAAUGAACUGGAUCCACCGCGACAUCAAGCCUGACAACUUUCUGAUUACUGCUUCUGGACAUCUUAAGAUUUCUGACUUUGGACUUGCAUUUGAUGGCCACUGGACGCACAACCAGACGUACUACAACGAGCAGCGUUAUGGUCUUCUAGAAGACCUCAACCUCGACGUUCAGGGCGACCAGCAAGACGUUGAGGAGGAGAGAGAGCGGCAGGCUGCGCGCAGAACUAUCGACCUCAUCAAUGGUAACUUGACCUCUCGACAGCGAUAUGGGAUGAAGCAAGAUGCAGCCAAUGAGCCCAUACUCGACUGGCUCAAUCGCACGCAAAGACGGCAAUUCGCCAAGAGCGUUGUGGGAACGAGCCAGUACAUGGCGCCCGAAGUCAUCAGAGGUGAAAACUACGAUGGUCGAUGCGACUGGUGGAGCGUCGGCAUCAUAUUGUAUGAGUGUUUGUACGGCUGUACACCGUUCUUCCAGGAGAACCGCCAAAAGACCAAAGAGCGCAUAGUUGAUCACAAACGCUACCUCCGAUUUCCCAAUGAUCCUCGCUUUGCGCGCCCGAACAUUGAUCGCGUUCCUUUGAUGCCUGUUUCCCGAAACGCCAUCGAGCUCAUGAUGAGGCUGCUUGAAGACAGACAGGAUCGACUCUCCUGUAAGCGCUACCGCGAGAAUGACUGGAUACUCCGCGACAAGUCUCUCGGAGCCAGACGCUACCGCAAUCUCAAAGCUACCGGACAUAUUGUGUUCCCGAAUGAUGCCGAAGACAUCAAAGCACAUCCGUUCUUUCGACACAUACAAUGGUCCACACUACACCUGACACGACCCCCGUUUGUACCGAGAGUACACGGCGGACAACCUAUCACCAAGUACUUCGACGACGAAGCUGAUAUCAUGAGCGCAUCGGACCACCUCGAUAGCUCCAGCUACGAAGUUGCUCAGAUGAACGGUGCCACCAUGGUCGACGGUGUGGAGGGUCUGGGUGAAGAGGAGUCGACACCAACGGUUAAUCCCACGACCCAGCAGAAGAAUAGCUCACCACCUGCGUAUGAACAGAUUUGCCAAGAAUUCCAGAAGAUCAGGCGACGCAAAAAGGAGAAGAAGAGGCCCCGCGACAAGCUGCUCCGCGACCCUGAGGUGGGCAGGACUGUGCUCGAGAUUCGCAAGAAGGGCGCCUUCAUCGGGUACACGUAUCGAAGACCACGCUUCUCGCUGCCGGAGCUCGAAGCCGGUGUGACUACAACCAGACCUCCGUUGGUUCGAGCCAGUAUAGCUGCUGUGAGCGUGUGA